AAGAGAGAUCCUGAGAAAUAGGAUUAGAUCGCGAUCGAACCGGAUACUAAUGCAUAAAAACAAGAAUAGCACCUUGCUAAAGAUCUGAACCAUAGACUUCAUCUGAGCAGAUUCAGAUUCAUUCAUACGAAUGAGCGGACUGUUUCUUUAAAUGACCACGGUUUACAGUCGCGCUGAUGUGACGUCAUAGCUCAGACAUGUGGUGCCCUGCUGAGUCUUACAGAAAAGCAGCAAACAUACAGUUGUUAGCAGGGAUUGAUUUACAGUAACAUUUAACAUUCUCGCGGAGCGAAUUAUCUCACUGAAAAAAACCAAAAUGUCAAGUGGUCGAAGACCGGAACACAUGGCACCGCCAGAGGUGUUUUACAACGAAGAGGAAGCCAGAAAGUACUCUCAGAACUCGCGAAUGAUUGAGAUCCAGAGUCAGAUGUCAGAAAGAGCCGUGGAGCUGCUGAGCCUGCCGGAGGACCAGCCCUGUUUCCUGCUGGACGCGGGGUGCGGAUCUGGACUCAGUGGUGAUUACCUGACAGAAGAAGGACACCUGUGGGUGGGAGUGGACAUCAGCACCGCCAUGUUGGACGUGGCUUUGGACAGGGAGGUGGAAGGAGACCUGCUCGUGGGUGACAUGGGCCAGGGGAUGCCUUUCAGACCCGGGACCUUCGACGGCUGUGUCAGUAUUUCUGCUCUGCAGUGGCUGUGCAAUGCUGACAAAAAGUCACACAGCCCUCCUAAGAGACUCUACACCUUCUUUAGCACCCUGUACUCCUCCCUGGUUCGAGGAGCCAGAGCGGUGUUUCAGAUCUACCCUGAGAACUCUGAACAGCUGGAGCUGAUCACCACACAGGCCAUGAAGGCUGGGUUCACCGGGGGCAUGGUGGUGGACUACCCCAACAGCACAAAGGCCAAGAAGUUCUUCCUCUGCCUGUUUGCAGGGGUGUCUGGAGUUUUACCCAAGGGGCUGGGCUCAGAGACAGUUGACAGGGGUGUUGCCAAUCAAGUCCAGUUCACUGGGCAGAGGUGUCGCUUCAAAAACAUGAAGGGGAAGUCGCUGAAGAAGAGUAAGGACUGGAUCCUGGAGAAGAAGGAGAGGAGGAGACGACAGGGCCGGGAGGUCCGCGCGGACACCAAGUACACGGGACGGCACAGGAAGCCUCGGUUCUGACCCCCGCGCUGGGCUCUCACUGCUCACGCCCUGGACCUGGGACACGCCCCCCCCCCCGGGGGCUCCGCACGGCCAGCUGGGGCAGCGUGCGUUUCGGCAGACCCUGUGUGUGACCCUCUCUACGCUGAAAUAUCCAUCCACACACACCGCCAAACCAAAACCUGCCCUGUGCAAGAACGGGACUUUUAUCCAGCCUGUCAAUCAAACCUUUCCCUCGCGAAAGGCAAAGAUUCUUUUAUAUCAUAUGAGACACUGACCUGAAAAUAUAUAUUAAAAUCACCAAGUCUCUUUUUCUCCA